UCUCAAAAUAUUCAUGCAAGAAUGACAUUCAGUUGAUGAUGGCCCAUCUAGUGACUCAUGCAACCUGUGGCUUAUAGCGAAAUAUACAAUCGGUUGUAUUAAACUGAAGACAAAUAAAGAUCUUGAAAAGUUGAAGGAACUAGCACAAGGCAGGAAGAAAUGGAAAGAACUGUUAAUCAGGAUUUAAAGAACCAAUAAAGCAGAGAAGAACUUAAGUAUUUAGGGUUUUCAAUGCGAAAUAGCUUCUAUAAACAUGGGCUCCGACACUGGUUGGGAAGUGGGGGGAGAGGGUGGGCAAGGGAAUAUAUAUCACCCAUAACAAAGACUUUCUAUUCCUUUGCAAAAAAGUUGGGGGUCCUUUCUCCAGAGGCCCUGAUUGAUAUAUAUAUUAUACAAGCUUACCAUCCCUCGAUGGAGUGGCGAUCAAGCACGGCACCAGGCAAGUGCUUCGGCUGCGUUUUGGCCUAGCUUGGUGUUUAUUAGUCCCUCAGCGAAUUGGGGCCAUGUCACUGGACUAUGUUCGAAUUCUGUAAAACUGUACAAGCGUUUUUGAAAUUGUCGUAAAAUGCAUGCAAGUUUUCCCUUGGUCGUAAAAUUUAGAUAAUUCCCACUGGAUAACCAUGACCAUAAUUCAUGCAAAUGGGAACGAGGCUGUAUGAAUAUGUUGUUUUAGAACCACUAAAACUCGUGGCUGGAUUUUGGGGGAAGAAAUCAAGGAAGUCUGACAGAUCAUGGCAACUGUAAAGGAUGCUGGGGUAUCUCAACAUGUUCUCAAGACAAGUUUCAAAGUUGAAAGCAAGUUAGAGGCAUUUUAUACGGGAGGCAACAUACAGUUCACUUCCACUGGAAGCAACUACUUCUGUGGCUGUGGAAACAAAAUCCAAAUCAUUGACACAAAGUCAGGAAGAAUUGCCAAAUCACUUCAGGAGGAUGAAGAUGAAACCACAUGUUUCAUUCUGAGCCCAAAUGAUGAGAUUCUUGUGACAGCUAGCAGAAGUUUAUUACUAAGACAGUGGGAUUGGGUCAAUGAAAAGGUCACUAGAAAAUGGAAGGCUAUCCAUCAUGCACCAGUUGUCAACAUGGCAUUUGAUCCAACAUCAACAUUGCUUGCGACAGGAUCAUCGGAUAGUACCAUAAAGAUUUGGGAUAUAAUUAAGCAAUAUUGCACUCACAAUUUACGUGGUUCUCAAGGAGUUGUACACUUGGUGCAAUUUCAUCCUGAUCCGACAAAACUGAUGUUGUUCUCAUCGUCAGCUGAUAGUUGCAUUCGGAUUUGGGAUCUCAGUACUAGCACAUGCAUUUCGACGCUAAAAGGCCACUACAGUAAUGUGACUUCUCUAUCAUUCUUCGAAGACAACGAAAAAAUGAUCAGUGCUGGACGUGACAAAGUUGUAAUAUUGUGGGAUCUUGCCACAAGGAAAUCAUUAAAAACUAUACCAGUCUAUGAGGCAGUGGAAUCUGUGAUUGUUCUGCCACGUGACAAGGAAUUAGAAUGGUGCAUGACAUCAGAAGAGGAACAAAAUGUCAAGUUUAUAACUGCCGGUGAAAAAGGCAUCAUUCGGGCAUGGAGUGUUCGUGAUGGCAAGUGCAUCUUUGCCCCAGAAAGAUCUGCAAAUAAAGCUGUGGACAGUAUUUGUGAAAACCCUGCUCCUUCAUCAACGGUUAUCCAGUGUGUCCUCAAUGAAGCUCUUAAUUGCAUCGUUACUGUUUCCGAUGACCAAAAUAUUGUCCUUUAUGACUUGAAUUCACUGAAAAUCUUAAAACAGUUUGUCGGACACCUGGACGAAGUUCUGGACUUAAAGUUUGUGGGGGAAGAUCAUUCCCUUCUCUCGGUCGCAUCAAACAGCCCUGAUGUUAAAGUUAUUGACAGAGAAACCAUGGAUUGCAGAAUAUUGAAUGGACACACAGAUACAAUAAUGGCACUAGAUGCAAGUUUCGAUGGCAAAUACAUCGCUUCGUGUUCAAAGGAUAACAGUCUAAGGAUCUGGAGACUGGGCGAUGACAAAACCUUUUCAUGCGUGGCCUUAGGUGUUGGCCAUACGCAUGCAGUUGGAACUAUUGCUUGGCCGAAAAGAAGCACAGAUCAUUUAGUAACCGGAAGUCAAGAUCUAACUCUGAAGUGCUGGAAAGUCCCACAAAUAUUCGAGGAUAAUGGUUUAUCAAAGAUUCAAGCUGUAUGGACUGUGAAAGCCCAUGAUAAGGACAUCAACUCUGUUGUGUUUUCUCCAAAUGACAAACUCAUCGCUUCGGGGUCUCAAGAUAAAACAGCAAAGUUAUGGCUUGCAUCCGACGGAGGCACGUACGGGACGCUGCGUGGUCACAAACGAGGAGUUUGGUGCGCAGCGUUUUCUCCAGUCGAUAAAUGCCUAGCAACAGCAUCAGCUGACUCGACAAUAAAGCUAUGGGCAAUUAAAGAUUUGACUUGUGUGAAGACACUGGAAGGUCAUACCAAUUCGGUGCUGAGGCUUGAAUUCAUGACACGUGGGAUGCAGAUAAUAUCAAGUGGAUCGGACGGCCUAAUCAAAACAUGGAAUGUGAAAACCAACGAAUGCCUAAAUACUCUGGAUGGGCAUGCAGAUAAAGUUUGGUCGUUGGCUUUGAACAAGACUGAAGACACUCUUGUUACAGGAGGAGGAGAUUCUGUGUUGAACAUUUGGAAGGAUGUUACGGAGGAAGAAAGAUUAGAAGAAGAGGCAAAGCAAGAGAAUAUGAUUCUGAAGGACCAAGAAUUAUCAAAUUUGCUUGGCAAGAAGAAAUUUACGAAAGCCAUCGGCCUUGCGCUAUCACUUGAAAGACCGUUUACAGUGUUGUCAAUUUUGAAAGAAUUAUUAGCUGACGCCAAUGGAGAGGAGAGGCUAGCCUCAGUCUUGAGUGGGCUGCGAGACGAUCAAAUAGAUUUGGUUCUCAAGUAUAUGCAAGACUGGAACACAAAUGCCAAAAACUGCCACGCUACCCAAUCAGCACUAUCAAUUAUCCUGAAGUUGAAAUCACCCGAUGAACUGACUGAGCUGCCAGAUAUGAAGGACAACAUCGAAGCAAUUCUUCCAUACACGGAACGGCAUUUCAAUCGGCUGAAUCGCCUUUUACAGCAAUCGGCAUUUCUCGAAUACACAUGGGAAUCGAUGCGACUUUCUGUCAAGGAUGUCGACACUAAAGCAUCUGAGCAGUUGGAAAACGAUGAAGAAAUGAAUGCUGAAAACGAGAGCCAUAUAUCCGUUGGCCAAGCUUCUAACCAGCAAACAGAACAUCUCAGUGAUCUCAUCGCUAUGGAUACAUGGGAUCAGCACCAAAGUGAGGCUGCAGAUGGAACGGAGGAGACGAUUCAUGAAUCUAAAACCCAAAAUAGUGAGCCCUGUGAAGGAGAUUCUCUGUUAGAAGCAGAACCAAGUCAAGAAGAAAACAAGGAGAACCACAAAACUACGAUAGUUAGAGAUGAAAGUUUGAUUGAAAAAACCCCUGGCCCAGGGAAGAAGAGAAGGACUUCAGAAAUAGGAAAACAUUUAAAAACUGGCAUCGCAAAGAAAGUAAAAACGAGAAAGAAUAAACCCCUUUGAUGUAUUCAUACUGAAGUUGGUUUUUAGGAGUAAAAUUCUUUUAGAAGAAAGACAUCUACUUUAUGCA